CUUUUUUUCUCCACUAUCUUUCUCUUUUGCCACCAUUUCUCUCUUCUCAUUGGAAAAAAAUAAAAAAUAAAAAAAUUCAAUCGAAAAAGCAUUUUCUAGAAAUCCAUUUCCAUAUAUAUAAAUUUUUAAAAAAUGAGUCUAUUUGGUCUUGGAAGGAAUCAGAGAACAUUCCGUCCCAAAAAGAGUGCACCCUCAGGGAGUAAGGGCGCACAAUUAAGACAGCACAUUGAUUCUACAUUAGGCAGUGGAAAUUUGAGAGAGGCUGUAAGGCUUCCUCCUGGGGAAGAUAUUAAUGAAUGGCUAGCUGUCAACACUGUAGAUUUCUUCAACCAGGUGAAUCUGCUUUAUGGCACCCUCACUGAGUUCUGUACGCCAGAAAACUGCCCGACAAUGACUGCAGGCCCCAAGUAUGAGUAUAGGUGGGCUGAUGGUGUACAAAUCAAGAAGCCUAUUGAAGUUUCUGCUCCGAAAUAUGUUGAAUAUUUGAUGGAUUGGAUUGAAACUCAAUUGGAUGAUGAAUCUUUAUUUCCUCAAAGGCUUGGUGCACCUUUUCCACCUAACUUCAAGGAUGUUGUCAAGACGAUAUUCAAACGUCUCUUUCGUGUAUAUGCACAUAUUUAUCACUCCCAUUUUCAGAAGAUUGUGAGUCUUAAGGAGGAAGCACAUUUGAAUACGUGCUUCAAGCAUUUCAUACUCUUCACCCAUGAAUUUGGGUUGAUUGACAAAAAGGAGCUGGCUCCACUCCAAGAUCUCAUAGAUUCUAUUAUUGUGCCUUACUAAACAUCUUCUUUCAGUUUGAUGUUAACCUAUUUUAAUAGGGAAUUAAUGAGUAUGAUGUGAUAAUAAUGUAUUUUAGACUUCUAUAUGUAUGUAGCCUAAAGUGACAUUUUAAAAUCAUUAUUGAUAUUGUGCAUGUAUUGUUUCAUGUUUGUAAUUAUCGGAAAUAAUCUCCCUACCUUCUCAAGGUAGGAGUUAAGGUUGCGUACACACCUUUUUCAUAUCUCACUUAUGGGAUUACAAUGGA